UCAUGCUGAGCCAUCAUCACCCCCCUCAGUCACCAGGCUGACUUUACGCAAGCUUAUGUGUAGCAAGAAGUCGUGCCAAGUAGCUGGGUUACUAGCUAGCAGGGGACCUAACCUCGCUGCUGUACUAUGUGUAAGUGCCCAGUGAAUGGCAUGCGGGAGUGAUUAUUAACAACACCACAAUCGAAAACGUGGUUCUAGCUUUACCGGCAUCCGUUCCUUCUGUUUAUUAAAACGCUGCAUGAAGUCCUGAGUGACCGUGUCCACUUAUUGCUCCGUACUGUCACCUCAAAGCACCUUGGGGAAUUGCUGUGAGCAAAUCGUCCCUACUGUACAACAGACAGACCCAUCACAUUUGGAACAGCAGUGCCUGAUACGCUUUGUUUCUAAGUUCCGAUUUGUCCUGAAUGAGAAGGGAAGCACACGGCUUCUUACCCCACCCAGACCAGAAAAGCCGCCCAUUAAAAGGACGCUUCCCAAGGGGUGCAAAGACCUGCUGAGUUGUGCGUAAAGAGCACUCAUGGUACCCAUAUAUACUAUGCAUUGGUUCGCCGGAAGGUAGCAGAACGUUCCUUUAAUUUUCCAUGCUAAAUCGACAACCCGCACCGAAUCUGAGGGGGCUAGUCAAACGUGGACUGCUGCACACAGCUCAGCAGUUCAACACACCAACAUUUACAUAUGACUUUUCUAAGGCAGUGGUUUCAUUGCUAGCACGAUUUUUUCUUCUUUUUUUACUUUAGUACUGCUGUCAUGAUACGCGUUAAUCGAGUUUUUUGAUUGGUGCUAGUAACUUUGAAGAAAAGUAAACGAUGCAAAUGAAUGGAGAAACAUGAUUCAAAGCUGCUUGCAGAAACAAAUUCUGUUAUUACACUGAAGAGACAUAGUGAAGACUAGUUAUGAAGUUACUUCGUUUUAAAACAGUCAUGUCUUGUCAAGGAAAAGUAAACUAUCCUGAUUCUAGCAAGAAUGCAAAGUUUUUAAGGGCGCUGCUGACAAGAAUUUAUUUUCUGAUUUGACGUUAAGUUUUGAUCAUUAUCUAUUAUGAAAUACAAUAGAUUAUGUUUAUUUUUGUAUUUAAAUAAUAUUAAAAGAUAAGCUUUGACUAUAGUCUGAGUCUCAGGUUAUUACAUUCUGUUUCACAUAGCCAUUCCGAAUGGCUGGGAAUGAAACUUUAAAUCUUAUGGUGUGUAGAAAGAUGUCAGCAGUGGGAUUGCUGGCUAGUUUCUCUUUUGUCAGUUUGUUGACCUAUGGCUAUUUGUCCUGGGGUACAGCAGAUGGAAGCUCGCAGAAUACCCAGAGCCAAGAAGAUACAUCUAUCUCCAAGCCUCACAUCAUUUUUAUUUUGGUCGAUGAUCAAGGCUACAGGGACAUAGGAUACCAUGGAUCUGAAAUCAGAACUCCUACCCUGGAUAGAUUAGCUGCUCAAGGUGUGAAACUGGAGAAUUACUAUGUUCAGCCUAUCUGUUCACCUUCCAGAAGUCAAUUCAUUACUGGCAAGUAUCAGAUACACACUGGCCUACAACAUUCCAUCAUAAGACCUACACAAGCUAAUUGUUUACCUCUCAAUAACAUGACUCUACCUCAGAAACUUAAGAAUUCUGGUUACUCCACUCACAUGAUUGGAAAGUGGCACUUGGGAUUCUACAGAAAAGAAUGUAUGCCCACUCAGAGAGGAUUUGACACCUUCUUUGGGUAUUUACUUGGCAGUGGAGAUUAUUAUAGUCACUAUAAAUGUGACAGUCCUAGGAUGUGUGGCUAUGACUUUUAUGAAAAUGACAAAGCAGCAUGGGAAUAUGAUAAAAAGAUGUAUUCUACUUACAUGUACACACAAAAAGUUGAGCAGAUUUUAAUAUCACAUAACCCAAAGAAGCCUUUAUUUCUCUACCUUGCUUUCCAAGCUGUACACACACCCCUCCAGGUACCAAUGCAUUAUGUAGAACGUUACCGCUCAAUAACUAACAUACAUAGACGGCGAUAUGCUGCUAUGGUGACAUGUUUAGAUGAGGCAAUAAAUAAUGUGACACGUGCCUUAAAGAAAUAUGGUUAUUAUAACAACAGCAUAUUAAUUUAUUCCUCCGAUAAUGGAGGCCAACCAAAGGCAGGUGGAAGCAACUGGCCUCUGCGUGGGACCAAAGGAUCAUAUUGGGAAGGAGGUAUUCGUGCUGUUGGAUUUGUCCACAGCCCUCUUCUCAAAAAGAGGGGAUCAGUAUGCAGAAAAUUGUUACAUAUCACUGAUUGGUAUCCCACCUUGGUUACCUUGGCAGAUGGACAGCUUGAUGAGGAAUUUCAUUUGGAUGGAUUUGAUGUUUGGGAAACUAUCAGUGAAGGCAGACAUUCUCCUAGGAAAGAUAUUCUACACAAUAUUGAUCCAUUGUACACUAAGGCUAGAAAUGGAUCCUGGGAAGCAGGCUUCAUGAUAUGGAACACAGCAAUCCAGGCUGCAAUUAGAGUUGGGCCCUGGAAAUUACUGACAGGAAAUCCUGGAUAUAGUGAUUGGGUUCCUCCUCAAGCUUUUACCAGUGUUGCUCUCAGUCGGUGGCACAGCGAGAGGGUCUCUUUGGACAUUGGUCAGUCUGUUUGGCUUUUCAACAUAACUGCAGACCCCUAUGAGCGCAUAGAUCUUUCAAGCAAGUACCCAAAAGUAGUGAAGCAGCUGUUGAAGAAACUUGCACAGUAUAAUAAGACAGCUGUUCCUGUACGAUAUCCUCCUAGGGAUCCAAGAAGUAAUCCACGACUCAAUGGCGGUGUUUGGGGACCAUGGUAUAAGGAUAACCGGAGGCAAAGCAAGCCAGGAGCAAAACACUUUGUGAAGACAUAUAUAAAGAAGAAACAAUGACAUAACUGGAGAACUGCAUGAAAACAGUGUUCAUUAUUUAUACUUAUUUAUUAACACUGCCACAAUGUUCAGAAGCAAAAAAAUAAAUAAAUUCCUGUGUUGUCCAAAGUAAUGUUGAUGACCCCCAAAUGCCAUUUGUUACUAGCUGACUUAUCUGUUCAUAAGCACCUUAAAUUAUAUUUUGCACAAUUGACUUUUUAUGACAUUAUUUUAACUCUGUUUUUCGACAUCAAUAGAAUCAGUGUGCAUUCCAUUAUUUGGUGCUAUAGAAGGAUUUACUUUUCACAAGUUUGUUGUCUUGACCACUGUAAAUUCAUAGGAGGAAAAAACUGGUGGAGUUAAUCCAUUCCAUUUGCUGACAAAGAUUAAUUAUUUUAAACCGUAGCACAACUAGGUAGUAGCAUUUCAUUUUAGUAAUAGCUUUGUGGAGGUGGAUGUAUGAACAAUGUCUGAUAAAAUUAAGUCCCCUUAACUUAUAGUGAAAUGCACAUUUCAGUCCCAGCUGAACAGCUGAUUCCUUUUCUGCCAUGACAUCACAGAUUGAAACUGAAAGCUAGUAAUAGCGUAAGAUUUUAAAAUGCCUGA